AUGACAAUUUCAUCGCUAUCGAUGACAUUGUCUAUGAUGCGACGUUUUGUACGGAAGCAACAGAUGCUUGGGAUCUUGGCUCCAGUUUCUACCCAUCACCAAUGCUCAGUGCAUUGA